AUCGCUUAGACUGUCGCUUGCGCUGAUUGAACGGCGAUUGUCUCGCAACGGGUCGUGAUAUACGUGAACGCGUCGUAUCGCCAAUCUUCUUUUCGACGUUCGCCAGCAAAAAAAGUUGGGUUAAUGUUGCCACCUUGGCUCGCGACAAUCACUUCUGCUUGCACGAUCCCACACAAGACCCAUGUCUUGUGUGAACGUAAAACGCAUAUGCUAUCGCACGAUUGCGCGCAUUCGAGACGCGGGAUGCAAUUCGUGCUUUCUCGAUUCACGGUCGUGAUUGAAUCGCGAAAGUCUCGAAAAUCCUCCUGAUGAACUGAGAGAUUAAGAGUGCAUCAUGACGGAUUCCAUGAAAUUUGGUCCAGAAUGGUUGCGCAAUUUGUCUGGAGACAGUUGCAAUACUGCUAGUGGUAGUGGCGGGGGGACUACCACUUUGAGUACUCCGAGAUAUCAAUUGGCAGAGCAUAGAUACGGUCGGGAAGAAAUGUUGGCCCUAUUUGAUCGAAAUAACAAACCGCCAGAAUUAUUAACAACUUUUGCGGCAUUGUAUGUGGAGAAAACUCAACUUCCAUUGGCUCUUAUACAAAUGACAGAGGAUGAAACGCGUAUGUGGAACGGAGGGAUAUCAAAUAUAGGUGGCCGUGGCAGAGGUAGUAGUGUUGAUCGUGGAGGACGUGGUAGACCUGGAAGAGGGGGCUUGUAUUCGUCCCAUUAUUCACGAGGAGUUGGCUUUGAUGAUUCUGGCGAUGGUAUACGAACAGAGGGCCAAUCAUUUCAGGUAAGAAACAGGCCCUUUGAUAGAUCUCAGAGUGAACGGGGCUGGUCAGAAAGGAACGGCGCUACAGAUCCAGGGGAAUGGAACGGCUCAACUAGUCCGAGAAAAGAGCUCAGUCGCGGAACUGGUAGUGGUAGUUCGCUGAUGGAGAGUAAUUGGAGGCGUCAUCGUGGAGAAGACGAUGACGGUUGGCGCAAGUGGGGAAGAAGUAGCUGGCGCGAGAGUGGCAGUAUGGAUCGAGACAGGAUUGACCGAAACGAGGGUGAAAACGAGGAAGGUAGAGGUGGACCUGGAAGAUGGGAGCAUCGGGCAAGUCAUAGAUCCUCUCACGAUUCAGGUCACCAUCCACCACCGCCUCGUACUGCUCGUACUUGGGAAUCAAAUCAUCACGAUAACCAUGACAAUCUUCCUGAAUGGGCUACGGAGAAUCCAACUGAGAGCGGUGGCAGUUUCGACUCUUCGGGCGCAUUUCAUGGAUUAUAUUCAGACGAUGAUGAGGACGGUGUGGCGGGCGCUUCCCAAUCGGGUAGAACUCGACGCGUAUCGGAAGGAAGUGCUUCUAACGUAGUAAAAUCUAAUAGUAAACCAUUAGCUUUUGGAACGGGUUCCGUCCCGUCGUCAUCAAAUCGUCAGACGAGUAAUACAAUAGCCGGUACAUUAGGUAAGGAACGGUUGAAGCCAUUGGAUCCUCUCGAGAAUAAAGAUGAUUCUGGAAAAGAGGGUAGAUGCGAUUCACCGUCCGUCAAACCAGCUACAGUUUCAUUGACAGAAACUAUUCCGACAAAAAGCUUAAUGACAUCUACGGAUCUCACGCAGAAAAAGACUAUCGGAUCCGCGACUGCGGACACGAUCGAAAUCAAAGAAAAACCUGACGAACCUCCGAGCGGCAGUCACAAAGAGAAAGAGACUUUUAACGUGCAAACGUUAAAAGUUAAAACGGAAGUUACAACGGAGCCGGGCACACAAAUAAAUGCUACCACUAAUCGACAAAUUCCUCCGGAUCUGUCGACUUCUGUACAUAAUUCGGUUGCCGCCAGCAGCAGGCAAAAAACAGAUGACGAUCUGGACGGACGAAUGGAGGAAGAGAUAGACAAAUUAAUGGCAGAUGAGGAAAGUCAUAAAGAAAAAACAUCUGUAAACAGUGUUCCGCCUCCAAUUGGCAACCAACCUUCCGGAGUUUCCGCGACAGGUAGUCAGGAAAAGUGGUAUUAUCGUGAUCCACAGGGUGAAGUUCAAGGACCGUUUUUAGCUAGCGAAAUGGCCGAGUGGUGCAAAGCUGGUUAUUUCAGCACGGCAUUGUUGGUGAGACGAAGUUGCGACGAACGAUAUGCUACUCUUGGUGAUCUGAUAAAAAUGUGUGGUAGAGUCCCCUUCUCGCCUGGUCCACCGAUACCUCCGUUAAAAUUAACCGAGCAGGUGAUUCCACCUGUUCCUAACACUGUGCCAGCCGGAUUAACCACUGGUGCUUUACCGAAGACGGGAAUGGAGGAUCCGCUAUUGUUGCUGCAAUAUCAGCAAAUGGUGCUUCACAAUCAGUUGCUCGUGAGGCAAGCAAGAACAUCAGCGAUAGCAAAGUUGUCUCAGUCGGAGCAUUGGGCGACACUGAGUCCUGUCGAGCAGAAUCAACUGAUACAAUAUGUCAUACAAGAUGGAAUGCCGGAAAUUCCAGAAGUACCUAUAGCGACGAAUCCAUUUGUGCCUCAUAUCGUCUCUCAACCAACUAAUCCCGUUAUACAACUUUUCACUCAGAUGCAGGCGAAGACGCAACCCGAGACUCGCUUACCAACAAAUCCGCACACAACCGCGUCGGCACAUCCGGCUACGGUAGAUCCUAUACAGCAACUGAUUCAACAAAUGGGCGGUAUACAAAAUUUACCCACUGUGCAGCAACCGAAUAUCGCUCCAGCUCCAACGUCAACGCAAGAAGACAAUCCAAUAAAGUCUCUGUUGCGUCAGCUCAACGUCAAUACAAAUAGUCAUUCACAAACAGCACCUCACUUAGAUACAGCCGUGUGGCCGCCACCUCCGCCGCAAAUAGCUCCCCAGUUCAACGCGCAGAAUUGGUUAGCGCAGAUUGGACCUAUACCUGCAAUGCCAUCUGGACAAUUACCUGGUUCUUUGUGGGAUUUGCAUGCUAAAGAUAUAAAAACCGAGCAGCAGAUACUCGAAGAGCAGAAGCUUAAAUUGCAAGAAGAUAGGAAAAAGGAGGAGUUAAGGAAGCAAGAAGAAUUGCAACGUCAAGUUGAAGAAGAAAAUGCUUUGAGAAAGCAAAAAGAAGAACAAGCUAGACAAGUUGAGGAAGCGAAGCGUAAAGAUGAGGAAAGAAAAAGAAAGGAGGAAGAGAAGAAACGAAAAGAAGAAGAGAAGCGUAAACAAGAGGAAGAACUAAAGAAAAAAGAAGAAAAGAAACGCAAAGAGGAGGAGAAGAAGCGUGAAGAAAAGAGGAAGCAAGAAGAGGAGAAUUUGAAGAAAAGGUUAGAAGAAGAAAAGAGAAAGCGGGAAGAGCUUAAAAAAUUCGAAGAAAAGCAGAAAAAGGAAGAGGAAAGGAGAAGAAAGUUAGAAGAAGAACAAAGAAAACAAGAGGAAGAAAGAAUCAGGAAGGAGGCAGAGGCGCGACGACAAGCGGAAGCGGAAGAACAGGCACGUCGCGCCGAGCAACGGCGUAGAGAAGCUGAAGCGUUGCGCAAGCUUCAGGAGAGAAACAAGGCUCCGUGGGCUCAAGCUCCGCGUACACUGGCCCCCGCUACUCAUACAGCUUCGCUAGCUGAGAUUCAAAAACUUGAGAGAGAGAAGAAAGUGGAGGAAUUGCGGAUUCAACAGUUGAUGCAACAACAAUUGGCACAGCAAAAGGCAAUAGAAACCGCGCAAGAAUUGUCAGUUGCGGACUCGUCUAAGCGAUUACAGUUCAAAUGGGCAGAGAAAGCUCUUGCUUCGAAUAAAGUUCUCCAAGUGAAAAGUCUCGCACAAAUUCAACAGGAGGAACAGGAACGCAUCGUUAAGGUAAAGCAACAGGAAAGGGAACGGCAGGAAAAAGCCGGCCAGAAAGAAUCGGCGAGUGUGCUGCAGAACGCUGGAAUAUGGGGCACGGCGUCGCAGUGUCUGAGUUGGGCGAAUUCAGGCACGUCGAGCAGCAGCCAGGCAUGGUCCAGCGCAGCCGGUACAACUGGUUUCUGGGACGAUCCCACUCCUGUUAGAUUAUCUGCGGCUGCAAAACAGUCGACUAAACAGUCGACUGCAACUAUUAAAUCUGUUCCCAGCCAACAACAGCAAUCGCAGCAGAAUAUUAACAAUAAUAAUAAUAAGGCGUCUAAGAGUAAGAAUAAGAGAGAAGAAGAGUUAGUAAAAAAAUUAUUUGAACAGAACACUGCCAAAACCGACGAGUUUACACAAUGGUGUAAUAAAGCAUUGAGUGGUAUUCAGGCGUCUGUGGACAUCCCUACAUUCGUUGGAUUCUUGCGAGAUAUUGAAUCGGCAUAUGAGGUCAAAGAGUAUGUCCGCGUUUAUCUUGGUGAUACUAAACAGAGCCAAGAAUUCGCCAAACAGUUCCUGGAGAAACGAAGCAAAUGGCGAUCGGCGCAACGUCCUCAGGCGCAAGCGGACGACUUAUGCAAACCAGCACCGGCUGUCAAUCCAAAUGCUCCUGCAGAAUUUCAAGAAGUGAAGGGAAAGUCCAAAAAACCAAAGAAAGGAAAGAUGUUUAAAGUUGACAACAGGAUUCUUGGUUUCAGCGUAACCGCGGCUCCCGAUCGUAUUAACGUAGGCGACCGCGAUUACGGCGAAGGUGUUUGAACAGUUUCAAUUUACCUCACGGAAAUAAAGCAACGCUCAAUCAA